AUGUGUGGUAAUGCACAUAUUGUUUCAUAUUUAUUACGUAUGGGUGCAAAUGCAAAUGUAUUUGAUUCAUCAUUAAAUACAGCAUUACAUUAUGCUAUUGCUUAUGGUUGGUAUUUUUGUGUACGUUUAUUGAUUGAAGCUGGAGCAAAUAUUAAUUGUGUUAAUUUAUGGCAAACAACUUGUUUAGCAGCAGGAUUUUUAAAAGGACAUUAUGGUCUUUGUGAUUAUCUUCUUACCGGACAUAAUGUUGAUAUUAAUUUUAAAAAUGAAGAUGGUUUAACAUUGGUUAUGUUAACUGUUGGUUUGGAAGUAUCCUUAUCAUCACAACAACAGUUAGAUUAUGUUGUAACAAAACAUAAAGCUGAUUGUACAUGUGUUGAUGCAAGUGGCAACAAUGCUUUUCAUUAUUUGGCAACUAAUACAUCAGGACAAGGAACAGAUCAUAUGAAUGUUGAAGCUAAAAACACUCAUCGUGAUAAUUUUUUCAAAAUGGCUCAAAUACUUCUUGAUCAUAAAUGUGAACCAAAUAAAAUGAAUAACAAAGCUCAAACACCUUUAAUGGUUGCACUUGAAUCAGGAAAUUUUAUUCUUGUCGAUUAUUUAAUAAACAUUGCUAAAAUUGAAAUAAAUGCUGAUAUAAGUCAUGAUGGUAAAACUUUAUUACAUUAUUUCACAAUUCAAUGUAGUAAAUAUGAUCUUAUUCAAACAUUAAUUAAAAUCCCAAUUAAUGAUGAAAUUAAAAAAAUGGGUCAAACGUUUGAUAAUACAGGUCGAACACCAUUUCAUUAUUGUGCUUCACAAUUUAAUGAAUUUUGUCAAAGAAAUAAAUCUUCUCAAAGUACAGAUCAAUUAAAACAACAAUAUCAAUCAAUUUUGGAAAUGAUUGAAUAUUGUCUUGAAUCUGUUCAAUGUGAUCCAGAUGUUGAAAUAAAACCAAUCAAUGAAUUGAAUAAAUCGGAUAUUGAACAAAAUAUAGAAGAUGAACAUGAUAAGGACGAUCAAACAAAUGAAAAUAUUCAACCUAUGGAUGAUACUAACAAUGAAGAAAUGAUUUUAAAACCAAAAGAAACAAGUAUUUUUUCUUUAUUACGUACUGUUCAAUUUAUUGAUAAUGAAAUAAAACAUCCUCUUGAAAUUUUUCUUAAAAAAUCAAAAAAUCUAAAUGCUCUUCAUCAUCAAACACAACGUACACCAUUACUUGAAGCAAUUUUUCUUCAAGAAUAUAAAACAGUACAUAUGCUUAUAAAUGAAUCAUCAUGUGAUGUUAAUUUAGCAACAUCAAUUCUUGAUAAUGAACGUCAACAAACACCAUUAAUUUUCGCAUGUAAAUUACAAUUAUUACCAAUUAUACAAGAAUUAUUAAAUCAUAAACAAUGUCAUAUAUUAUCAUAUGAUUAUUUAUAUAAUCAAGCAAUACAUUAUUAUUUAUCAACAUCAGUUCGUUCAAAUCAAUACAUAGAUACAUUAAAUUUAUUUAUGGAAAAAAUGAAAUUAACAAAUAUUAGUUUAAAUAGCCAAGGAGAAUCAGAACGUGCACCAUUACAUAUAGCUGUUUAUCACAAUACAGGAGCAAUUGAUUCUACAACUGAUGUUGAAGAAAUAUUAAUUGAUAAUGGAAGUGAUUUAUUCUUAAAAGAUAAAUUCGGAAAUAUACCAUUACAUAAUGUUUUUCUUAAUAAAAAUGUUGGUAAUGAUCCUGUGGAAUUAUGUGUUGUGCUUUCUAAAGCAAUGAAAUAUAAAUUACUUGAUACAGAAAAUAAUGAAGGAAAUACACCUUUACAUUUAGCUGUUACUAAAUGUUCUACUGUUUGUGUAAUGCUUUUACAACAACAUUCUGCUAGUUUAUUUAUUGAAAAUAAACUUUCGAAUACAAUAAUUGGUACUUGUAUUGCAUCUGGUCAUCUCAAUUUAUUUAUUACCUUUCUUCAACAAUCUGUUGAUAUUGAUCUUGGAAAAUUAUAUACUAUAGUUAUCAGCAAUUCAUCAUCAAACGAUACUCAAGGAACACCUCAACAUACUAGUCUAUUUUCUCAAGCAGCCGUCAAAGGACGAACACAAUUACAUGAACAAAAAGAAAAGUCAUUAUCAAAAAAGGAUCAUAUAGACAUAUGGCGUUGGAAACACGUUGAUGUAAAAAUUGAUACACAAUGUACUCAACAUUCAUUGAUAUAUUUAAUAAUUGAACGUGAUUGGCAAGGUGCAUUAUCAUUAAUAUUAAAUGAACUUGAACGUUUUCAUUUAAGUUUAAUACAAAUUCUUGAAGCAGCUAUUUUAGAUAAUAAACUUAAUCUUGUUCUUCGUCUUUUAUUACGUAUAAAAGAUAAAAAUCUAUUACAUGGAAAAAAUUCUCAAGAACAAAAUUUAUUUCAUUUAUUAGCUAAUAUGAAUCAAUAUGAUGAAAGUUUAUUUGAACAAAUACUUUUACUUAUUCAUGAAUAUCAUUUAGAAUGGAAUAUAUCAGAUAAAUAUGGUUCAUAUCCAAUACAUUAUGCAUGUGUUAAACAAAAUUUUAUUUUAGUUAAUUUCUUACGUGAAAAAUAUUCAAUUGAAUUUAAUUUAAACCAAAUUGAUUUAUUUGGUAAUACAGCUAUUGGUUUAUUAUUUUGGACAAUAGCAUCAGCAACAUCAUUUAAAAAUGAACAAAUUCAUUCAUUAAUAACAUCAAGUAAACAAUUAGAUUGUUUAUGUAAUUAUGAUAAUGAAAUAGCUAUGAAUCCAUUAUCAUUUGGUUAUAUUGAUUCAUCAAUUGAAAAAAAUCUUUAUCCACCUUUAAAAUCGGAUAAUCCUUCAACGAAUGUACGAACAUCACCAUUAAUCAAUGCAAUUGUUCAUAAUAAUUUUCAACUUGUUAAAUUUUUACUUCAACUUAAUGCUGAUGUUAAUUUUCCUGAUGAAGAAAAACGAACACCACUUAUGCAUGCUGUUCGUCAGAAUAAUAUUGACAUGGUUAAAUUACUUCUCAAUAAAGAUUAUUCUCCAAAACAAAAGGAUGCAGCACCAACAAAUACUCGACGUACUCGUGGAGGAAAAGGUCUUGGUCGAUCGGGACGAGGAUUUCGAAAAUUCUUUCUUGGAGCCACAACAACAAUUUCGCCUAUUGUUACAAAUGAAAUAUCUAAUAAUGAUGAUGAUGAUGAUGAUGAAGAAACCAAUAAAUUUGAAGUAAUAUCAGCAAUCGAUUUAAAUGCAAGCGAUUCUCUUGGUCGUACAUGUAUCCAUCAUUUAGUUCAACCAUUUCCUGAUGGUUCUUAUACAAGUAAUAUUGAAUUACUUCGAUUACUUCAUUCAUCAGGUGCAUCAUUAACAAAACAUGAUCUUGCUGGUUUAUCACCAUUACAAUAUGGUGCUAUUAAUGGUUGUCAACAUUUAUGCGAUGAAUUAACAAAAUUUACAGAUGAUCAAACAAAUUCAACUCAAGCAACAAUUGAACGUUUUUAUAUAAAUGAUCCAAAUAAAAAUCUUUUAGAUCCACCAGAUUUUUAUUGUGAUGCACAACAAUUCAUUGAUAAAUAUAUAUCUAAACAUCCAUUACGUAAACAAAAUACUGCCUAUGAAGUUGAUAAAUUAUCUGGUAUGAAUGUAACAGGUGAAGUAUUAAUUGAUACUGAUAAAAAUGAACCAUAUGAUGUACGUCUUACAAAAAUCGAUGUUAAUUAUGGUAUACAUGGUUUAUAUAAUUUUUAUCGUAUGCAAAUAAUAAAACAUAAAAGUAAAAAUAAUUUAUAUUUUCUUUUUACACGUUGGGGACGUAUUGGUGAUGAUGGUCAAUAUCAAUUAACACCAUACUCAACAUUAGAUGAAUGUCGUAAAGAAUAUUUAAAAGUAUUUCGUGAAAAAACUGGUAAUGCAUGGAAAGAUACAAAUCAAUUUGAAGUCAAACCUAAAAAAUAUACAUUAAUUAAAUUAAAUGAACGUGACAGAUAUAAAUAUUCAAAUGUACCUAUUAAUUUUAAUCGUUUACAAUCUGAACAAACACAUCCAACAUCAAAACUUCAAUCAUCUGUAUUUAAAAAUUUUCUUAAAACAUUAAUUAAUCCUCUAACUAUUCGAACGAAUAUUGAUAAAACACAAUUAGAUGUAGAAUGGAUGCCUGUAUCACAAUUAAAUCGUGAUGCAUUACAUAGAGCACGUGAUUUAUUAAUUCAAAUAAAGAAAAAUCUUGAAAAAAAUCAAGAAUUAUAUUUAGAAAUGCAACGUACAAAAUCAAUUGAACAACAAAAUGAAUUAAAAUCAGUUUUAGAAGUAAUUUAUAAAUGUACCAAUGAAUAUUAUUCAAUAAUACCAUUACGUGGUUAUACUGAUGAAAAAUUACCAAUAAUUGACAAUGAACAAAUCUUAAAAAGACAAGAAAAAAUCAUUUAUGAUCUACUUGAACUUGAAUUAUCAUAUAAAAUACUUUUAGGUGCACAAGUUAAUUUAAAAAAUAUUUCACCAUUAGAUUAUUUAUAUAAAUCAAUGAAUUGUCAAUUUGAAGCUAUGAAUAAAGAUGAUAUUGAUUCACAAUUAAUUUUACGUUAUAUAUGGGCUAGUACAACAAAUAUUAAAGUUGAACAAAUCUUUAAAAUUGCACGGCCAGAUGAGGAUGAACGAUUAUUUAAAUCUAAUCUUGACAAUCAUUAUUUAUUAUGGCAUGGUACUAGUAUUUGUAAUUUGAUUAGUAUACUUAAUAGAGGUCUUCUUGUUGGACCUUUGGAUGCAACAACAACUGGAAGCUUAUUUGGAAAGGGCAUUUAUACAGCAGAUGCAUUUGGAAAAAGUCUUGGUUAUUGUUCAGGUAUAACACAGAAUGAUGGUGAACGGUGUUUUAUGAUAUUAUGUGAAGUUGCUUUGGGUAAAAUAAAGGAAGUUGGUUUAAAUAGUAAUGAUGACGACAAUACAAAACAACUUGAUCUAAGCCAAUUUCAAAGUCGUAAAGGUGUUGGUCGAAAUAUACCUGAUCCACGAUAUACAAUUACUCGAAAUUAUGGUGUGCGUAUGCCACUCGGUAAAUUAAUUAACAACACAGAAUUAAAAUUUGCUUAUGGUGGUCUUCAUUAUAAUGAAUAUAUUGUCUACGAUGAAUCACAAAUAGCUCUACGUUAUCUUGUGCAAUUUCGUCGUUAA